AUGUACUUUUUAUUCAAUCGGUUUUUGAUCUGUAUAACUGUCCACAUCAUCAUUGGAGAUAAAUUUCUCACUAAAAGUGUCUUAAAUACGCAAGAUCAUCACGGGUACCCCUGUUCGAAAAGUGCGGAUCAAAGCGGGCAUGGAUCUGAAACAUGUAUCGGAGAGGAUUGUCAACAUCUAGUUGAUCGUAGAUCCAACACAUUAGAAAAGCGACAAAGACCGAACACGGCAAAGGGAACAGGGACUCCACCAGCGGGAGCUUCAGGAACGGGAGCUGCGAACAACGUGAAAGACGAAUCAAAGGAAGACCAAAAGAAAUGGUUGGACGCUCAUAAUAAAUUCAGAGCAACUUAUAAGGCUCCACCCUUGGUUUGGAAUGAUCAAAUCACACCUGCAGCAAAAGCAGUGGUUGGUACUUGCGUUUAUGAACACUCUAAAGGACCUUACGGAGAGAAUCUUGCGGCUGGUCAUACUAAUCUUGAAAAGGUUGUUUCCGAUUGGGUGAAUGGACCGAAUGAAAAAUCAGCCUAUAAUCCUUCAAGACCCAGUUUCUCUCAUUUCACUCAAGUAGUAUGGGUUGCAACUAAAUCUAUCUCAUGUGCAAGAAAUUCAUGUACAUCCUUAAAAGGUUUAAGAACACCUCAAUCACCUAUCAUUUUUUGGGCUUGUGAAUAUUUCCCGCCUGGAAAUGUAAUUGGUCAAUUUCCUCAAAAUGUAAAAUCUGGACAAGGUGGUGCACCUCUUUAG